AUGGUAGUUGACACUGGGUCGAAUAUUACAAUUGUAAGACCGGGCGUUUUGAAACGAGUUGCCAAAGACGUGGUUCUAGGUGUACAAGCUGUUGACAGUUGUUUACGGACGAUGACGGGUGAAACGACGCCUGUGCGAAGUCGUGGCAAAGUUUGUCUGCAAGUUGGAAACUUUAAAGUUAUGCACGUCGUCUGGUUUGCUGAUAUUGAAAACAAAUGCAUUUUGGGUUUGGAUUUCCUUGCUCCAAAUGACUGCGUAGUCGGUGUGACGGAGGCAUGUUUGCGUAUUGGUGCAGAAGAAGUGCGACUGAAACGGGCAGCAGUCACAAAGAAACCAGUAUGUCGUCGAGUCGUUGUUGCGGAGACUUGGUCUAUUCCUCCAAAGAGUGAAGCGUUGAUUCCGGCAGUAUUAGACGGCGAUGAGGUACCAGAGGAAGGAUGGGGAGGGUUGAGUCCCAGAAGAAAUCGUGGAUUGCCGGGCGACGUGCUUGUGGCGAGAACGGUAGUGGAUUUGCGAAAACCAGUCGUCGCGGUCAGGGUGCUGAACUUGUCGGACGAGGAAAGAAAGCUCCGAAAAGGGGUGAACGUGGCUAGUUGUGAGAUCGUGGACAGUCUUGCUGUGGUGGAAAAGCCAGAAGAAGCGAUGUCUACUGAAACUAUGAUAGAUGGUGAUUUAAAAGAAGUUGUAAAAGAACUGUAUACUCGAAGUUCGGAAGGUCUUGAUAAUGUGCAAAAGAAAAAGUUACACUCGUUGCUAGUGGAGUUCAAAGACGUGUUCUCGGAGGGCCCUGGUGAUGUGGGGAGAACGUCAUUGACAGCACAUAAAAUUUGA